AAACAAGUUGAGAGAGUGCAUGGAUGGGGCGUGAAAGGAAUGCGUCUCUUUAUACUGAAAAUCUGUGGUCUGCAGAACUUGAUGGAGAAGACACUGCGUGCUAAUGCUGGGACAAUUGCACACAUGUAUUUUAUGAAUAUAAUUUGAAGACUAAAGGACUUUUCUUGACAAUUUUAAGCAAAUGGACCCAAUUGACGUUUCCAUGACAAUGGUAUGGUCUGAAAAUAGCAACUCAUCCGUACUGCCAAACACGACAGAUGUGGUCGAUCAAGGAUGGAUCCUCGUUCAAAACAUUAUCCCCCCUUACAUUUUUACCCUUUGUGCGUUAGGACUUCUGGGCAACAGCUUCGUCCUGUUGGUGUAUCUCUUCCAGAAAGACAGAUUAAAUGUUCCAGAGAUCUUCUUGGGAAAUCUGGCAUUGGCAGACUUCGCCCUCCUCACAUGCCUUCCAUUCUCGGCGAUGAACAUCCGCAACAACUUCAACUGGCCGUAUGGAGAAGCCUUAUGCAAGAUAGUAAACUCAUCUGUAAUCGUCAAUUUCUACACAAGCAUAUAUAUCAUUGCAACGAUAAGCAUCGACAGAUACCUAGCUCUGGCUCGGACAAUGCAGACAAGGUGGCUGAGACGCACUCUGUAUGCCAAAGUGAUGUGUGCUGCUAUGUGGAUCUUGGGGGUUUUAAUGAGCACGCCCAGCCUUGUUUACAGAACAGUCACUUACGUCGAAGAACUCGGAACUAUAUCAUGUAUACUAGGCUACGGUCCCGCCUGGCAAUUAUCCCACCAGAUUAUGAUGAAUGUGCUUGGCUUUGUUUCCCCAGUUCUGAUAAUUGUACUCAGCAGCAGUGCGGUAAUCAGGGCUUUAUACCGAAGGAGGAAGGGUGCUUGUGCUUAUGAAGGGAGCGACAGGAAGGCUACGACCCUUGUUUAUGCGGUCACGAUCCUGUUCCUUUUAUGCUGGGGUCCUUUUCACCUCUUCACCUUUCUUGACACACUGUGUGAACUAGAACUUUUGGAUGAAACAAAGUGGGGCCACGCUUUAGAUAUCGGACACCAGGUUUCAGUUUACGUGGCGUUUCUUAACAGCGUCCUAAACCCGGCGCUGUAUGUAUUUUCCGGGCAGUAUUUCAGAAAAAAGUUAAGAGCCAUCUUCACGAAGGCUAAGCCCGAAAAUAGGCGGGGAUCUGAUAUGAGCUUAUAUCAGCGCUCUGUCAUAUCAACAUAUAUCAACAGAACUGAACAAACAAAAUUGUGAAUAUAUUGUAAUAAAUGGAAACAAUCUAUUGUUUAUGCAUUCAUUAAAACUAAAAAGUGAUAUUAACACAAAUAAUUCCUAUUUUCCCAUACCAUUUUGUCUAGUUGUUUUGAGGAGCUGUGCUGUUAAAUCUUCCUUUUCCACAGGGGUUGAAUGUUGAGUGUUAUCUGAUUAUAAACUUAUUAUGAAAAAAGUGUGAGUGCGACAUACUAAAGCGCAGGUGCGAGUUAUAAAGAGCAUGUGCGCUUUAUAAAAGAAUGACUCCUAUGUCACCUCCCAGGCUCUAUACUUAUGUCAGGGUAUAUAUAAAUUACUCAUAGGGAACUGUAUAGGCUACCUCUAAGUUACAACUAUACUGUAGCCUAUAAUAAGCCUACUAUUAGGGGAACCAUAUUGUCUCGUAUUGCAUUGUAUAGUAUUGCAUAUUUAGAGUAUUUACUUUACAUCCCAGGAAAAUACAACCUGCACAAAGAAAGAAACCUGCUUCCAGAAUCAUGCGGUCUAGCAAUGAUCCUGUCUUGCUUAUCAUCCAGUCCAUCCGAUGAUGAUGUUUUGUCAGCAACUGUCUCUGUAAAUCGAAUAAACUAAACCAUUAGGGCAGAUUAGCCUACUACUCAACCUCACUGAUGGUCCUUGUUGCCUAGUUCAACCUAACUGAUUUGGACUAGGCCUAAAGCCUCUUGUGUGUUGCAAGUCAACUUCCCCAUGAUGUUUUGUUUUGCUUGCGACAUUCUAGAAAGAGCAGUUGUUUCAUUGGUUUAAUAAA